AUGCUUGAUAUCAAGCCGGGCUGGAUCCAACGGAAGAUCAACCUGACGUCUACCCGUGCCUCUGCUUGAGACUUGAGGUGGAGUAUGGCUACAUCCAGUCCGGUGUUCAUGAGCCCCUCACCAAUAUCUCGCGUGCAAGAUGCCAGUGUACACAACUGUAGGACUCACAUCCUUCUGUGUGGUGUUCAAAUCAGAGGACCGCUUGACCUUGGCGAGAACGUCCGAGUGGAAGGUUAUGAGCUUACAUUCCUUUGUUCCAUUCCGCCAUCUCGCCUGCCUCUGCCCUUACCACAUUAGCCAGCCUGAACACCAACAAUCUGGAUCGGCGUAUCCUCACAAAGAAGCUGCUCAAGGAAAGCCAGGACCAGACGAGCGGACUGGCGGAUCAGGAUUUCAUCCGUUCGCUUCUUUGAGCCGGCUGAAGAUGCCAGCCUCGAGAGCGCCGGCAACCCAAAGCAGGAAAGUUGCCAUGUUGUUUAGACCACGCGAUCGUCUGGAAUUUGGCCAUGUGCUCAAUGUCUGCCAAAGAAGAUGCUGACUGAUUCGACUCUCCUCGAUUGUUCGUGGAGAGGGUGAUCGCCUACUAACUACCGUCAUUCGUUCUGGUUUGUUGUUUCUUCCUUGCGGUCGACGCAUACUGGCGGCGUCCGUCGUCGAUAUGCCUUCGCUACGCGCUGCUUACCUAGCCCUUGCACUCAGUCUGCUGGACGAUGUCGAGGCAUUUUGGCGGAUGAAUUGCGCGGUCGUGCAAAGAGGACGGAUUGACCCACUUGUAAACUAUGGAGACAUUGCAGCGCAUUCUCACACCAUCGUUGGAGGAUCGAACAUUGGCAUCAAUGCGACGUAUCAAUCCCUCCUCAACUCGCAAUGCACGAGUUGCGAAAUCGGUGCUGACAAGUCGGCGUACUGGUCACCGACACUUUACUACUCUUAUCCCAAUGGCAGCUUCUUAGAAGUACCUCACGAUGGCGCCGUGGCAUACUACCUUGGUCGUGGACCACUGGUCAACUCAACGAUCCCCUUCCCGAAAGGCCUGAAUAUUCUCUCGGGAGACAAAUCGGCUCGAAGCUAUGACAACCAAACAUACACUUGGGGUAACGCAACUUAUCCCGGCCGACCCAUCGCAGAUCGUGUUAGUUUUGCCUGCUUGGCGUAUCAGCCGCAGCCGGAGACGCCCUACAUGGCGAGCACCGAUUGUCCAUACGGCAUGCGUGCCCAGAUACACUUCCAAAGCUGCUGGAAUGGGAAAGACCUCUACAAAGCUGACAACAGCCACGUCGCUUAUCAAUCGCAGAUCGACAACGGCAUUUGCCCUCCCACCCAUCCCAUCCAGCUCCCACACAUCUUCCUCGAAACGCUGUACAGUGUCGCCAAUGUACCGAAAGAGACCGGUGGCCGCUUUGUUUUCUCACAAGGAGACUCGACAGGAUACGGAUUCCACGGAGAUUUCCAGAAUGGAUGGGACAGCGCCGUCCUCCGUCAAGCCGUUCAAAACUGCUUAUCGACCGACAACUUCGGUCAGAUCAGCGAGUGCCCGGCGCUGCAAGCUUCUCAAUCCGACGGCUACCCCUACAACUGCCCAGAACGACCUCCUCAAAUCGGCGAGCCAGUCAAGGGCCUGAUUUCUCGCCUGCCGGGCUGUAUCACCAUCACCGAUGGACCAGAAGCGGCGCCGGCAGCAUCCAUGAACUGUCCCGCCAGCUCACCCAAGCCUUCCAUCACCAGAACUGUAGACUCCACGCCUUUACCUACCCUCACAGCAACACCAGGCGCCUCCUUCGGCAUCUCCCCCUACCAAAAAUACGUCGGAUGUUUCAACGACACCGAGCGCGCAGUCCGAGCACUCAACGCCGUUUCAAUCUCUAACUACAGCGUCAUGUCCGUCGACUGGUGCCAGAGCUGGUGUAACAACCAAGGCUAUCGCCUCGCAGGCGUAGAAUACGGCCAAGAAUGCCACUGCGACAACAUCAUGAACCCCACCGCCAUUUCCGACCCCUCAAGAUGCACCUGGAACUGCGGCGCCACCAUGAUCGAAGGCGGAAACCAACAAAUCUGCGGCGGCUACUCAUACAUCAGUAUUUACAACAACACCGACCCAUCCUUCAACGCAAACGGAAGCAUGGAAAACUCCGCCGGCGCCGUACAAGAAGUGAAAAAUCUCACCGCAUUCCCUCCCAAUUACCUAGGUUGCGCCACCGACAAUUUAAACGGAGCCGGACGAGUCCUCACGGGCGACUCCACCACCUCCCUCCGCAUGAACACUACCGUCUGUCAAGCCUACUGCGCCGCCGGGAAUAGAGGACAAGGCUACCAAUACUACGGCACCGAAUACGGAACGCAAUGUUUCUGCGGGAAUUUCCUCAGCAACGGCAACAUCCUCACCAACCUCACAUCUACCCCGACCAACUCCACUUGUAACAUGCGUUGCACCGGAGCCGGAGACCAAUUAUGCGGCGGCCCGAACGCAUUAUCGCUGUACAAACAACUAGAUUUCGUCGCCCCGGCCAUAGCCCCUUCGAUUGGAAAAUACGUGACGAAGGGGUGUUUAACCGAUCCUGGCGGUGCUGCCGGUCGUUCCCUGAAAGCUGCGAGUAUGACGAGUGAGAAGAUGACGGUGAAUCUGUGUGUGAAGUUUUGUUUGGGGAGGUUUUUUCGGUAUGCGGGGUUGGAGUAUGGACGUGGAUUCUGAGCUGAUUUGUUUUAGGGAAUGUUAUUGCGACAACACGAUCAAUUACGCCGGGGGAGCGAAGACAGGGACUUGUGAUGUGGACAGUCUGAUGCUGUGUGCGGGAAAUUCGAAACAGUAUUGUGGGGCGGGGAAUUUGAUGAAUUUGUAUUAUUCGAGUACGGCGACGGUGUUUGGGUAGGAGAAGAGAAGAGAAGAGAAGCUCUCCGAGGUGUAUGUAUCUUCAUAUCUUUCAUAUCUCAAAAAAAGGCCUGUUCUUGU